GUCGUAAAAAAAAGGAAUAAGAAUAUUGAAUUAUAACAGUGGUUAAAGAGGAAGGAAGGAAGGAAGAACCAGAAAUAGAGAGGUUAGACUUCAAAAGUUGAACAACCACAAGGUUUGUUGUUUAUUUUUAUCUCUUUCCCCUGCCAUCUCUGCCAGCCUUUCGCGUCUUCUACGUCCACUUGCCCUCUCUGUCUCUUGCGAUUUUGAGUUCUUUUCUUGGAGCUCAAAAUUAUAAACAUACAAUCUUUUGGUAACUUCUAUAAUUAUCCCAGCGGUAUGAUAUGAUUUGCACAGCUAAGUAGCUCUCUCAUUUUUAAUUCAUUUGGAUUAGUGUAACUUUUUACUAGUUCGAGGAGCUCAGUUUUUCUAAAAAUUCUCUUCCUUUUUUACUUAUUUGCGUUCCAGUUCAUUGGUUGGUUGCUAGGUAGGGAGUGUCUUCAGCUGUUCUUCAAGUUUCCAGUGUAUUACCCCCUUUUGGGGUUUUUCUUUUCAUGCGGACUGAUAAAGUUAAUUAAUUUCCAAAAUCUGAUCUGGGUUUUUGUUGGUUUCAAAUUUAAUGAUUAAAGAAGUGGAAAAGAUCAUUUCUUUAAUCUAAAAUAUGCUUAAAAUAGCUUAAUUUGGAGGGUUUUUGAAUCUUUGAGAGAGCCAUUAAAAAAUAGGUUUUUUGUCUGCUACUUUUUGUGAAACUAUUGGUUAAUUUAUAGUUUGUUUAUUUAUCUAUAUAUCUAACUCACUGGUGUUAAGGACGUUAGCAUAAAAGAAAGAUUAUUUUCUGUGCUGUCAAAUUAUGUAACUGAAAAAAAGGAGCACUCUUUUCUUUUAUUUCUUUUGUGAGUUGCAUACAAACUGGGAUUGUCUUGUACUCAUGGGGGUUCUUGUCAAGCUUUUCAUGUCUUGAAACUCUUGUCGGCUCCAUAUAGUUUCUGGGUUCUUUGAGCUUGUGCUGGAGUUCAAGAGAGGUUUCCAAAAAGUGCCGGAAAUGGCCAAAUAAUUGAACUUUGAGGGCAUUUCUUACUGAGCAGAAGCGUUGCUAACCAACAACCUUCACCAUGCCUUUGUCUGAGCUCCUAUAUCGAAUGGCUAAGGGGCAAACUGAUUCUUCUCAAGAGAAGAAUCCUGCUUGUUCAACUGAUCUGUCUUUUGUCAGACCUGAGAAUGAUUUUGGUGAGCUAAUAUGGGAAAAUGGUCAGAUUCAAUACAGUAGAGCUAGAAAGAUACAAACUUGUAACAGCUUACCUCCCAAGAUUAGAGAUAAAGACAUAGGAAAUGGCACCAAUACUAAAACAGGGAAGUUUGGAACGAUGGAGUCUACACUGAAUGAACUCCUUGCGGUUCCUGCUGUUGAAGUGAGGGCGAAUCAAGAUGAUGACAUGGUACCUUGGCUGAAUUAUCCGUUGGAUGAACCUCUGCAACAUGAUUAUUGUUCUGAUUUUUUGCCCGAAUUAUCGGGGGUUACCGUAAAUGAACACUCCUCCCAGAGUAAUUUUCCAUCGUUUGAUAAAAGAAGUUGUAACCAGUCAAUUACGGACUCCCAUACUGUUUCGGUACACAAUGGUUUGAACUUAGAGCAAGGAGAUGUGGUGAUGCAUUCUUCAGCGGGAGAUAUUGAAGCGAAAAGGCCUGGAACCAGUGCUAGUCAGUUAUAUCCGUCAUCUUCUGAGCAAUGCAAAACAUCAUUUCCGUUUUUUAGAUCCAGGGAUUCAACUAAAAAAGGUGAUAGUACAAGCAAUGCUGUCCAUCAUGUCAUUGCACCAGAUUCUAUUCGAGCUCCAACAUCAGGAGAUGGUUUUCCCAGCAUAAAGAUACAGAAGCAAGUUCCUGCAGCAUCCCCUAUCAACUCCAGUUUAAUGAAUUUCUCUCACUUUGCAAGACCAGCUGCUCUUGUAAAAGCUAAUCUUCAGAACGUGGGCAUGAGAGCUAGUUCUGGAACUUCAAGCAUGGAAAGAAUGCAAAAUAAAGAUAAGGGCUCAUUUGGUUUGCCAAAGGAAACAGACUCCCAUUGCCGUCCUAAUAUGAUGUCAUCCAAGGUUGAGGUUAAACCAACAGAGGUUAAGCCUGCUGAGGGAUCUGCUGAGCUACCUGAGGAAAUGAGCCAAGAAGGUGACUCUAAAAGCGAUAGAAACUGUCAUCAAAAUUCUGGUGAAAGUGCAAUUAAAGGAUUAGAAGAUGUUGAAAAGACUACAGAACCUCUGGUUGCUUCUUCUUCUGUUGGUUCGGGCAAUAGUGCAGAGAGACCUUCUGACGAUCCAACUGAGAAUCUGAAGAGAAAACAUCGUGAUACUGAGGAGUCUGAAGGUCCUAGUGAAGAUGCUGAAGAAGAAUCAGUAGGUGCAAAAAAACCAGCUUCUGCUCGUGCAGGUAAUGGGUCCAAGAGAGGUCGGGCAGCAGAAGUUCACAACUUAUCUGAAAGGAGGCGAAGGGAUAGGAUCAAUGAGAAGAUGCGAGCCCUACAAGAACUCAUACCAAACUGCAAUAAGGUGGAUAAAGCUUCAAUGCUUGAUGAGGCCAUUGAAUAUUUAAAGACGCUUCAGCUUCAAGUACAAAUUAUGUCAAUGGGAGCUGGAAUGUACAUGCCAUCAAUGAUGUUACCUCCUGGAAUGCCUCACAUGCAUGCAGCUCAUAUGGGGCAGUUCUUACCCAUGGGUGUUGGAAUGGGAAUGGGUUUCCGGAUGGGCAUGCCUGACAUGAGUGGUGGAUAUUCUGGUUGCCCCAUGUAUCAAGUACCUCCUAUGCAUGGAGCACAUUUCCCUGGUUCGUCAAUGUCAGGGCCUAGUGCUUUGCACGGGAUGGGAGGACCUAGUCUUCAGAUGUUUGGGCUUUCUGGUCAAGGACUCCCAAUGUCAUUUCCUCAUGCACCCUUAGUGCCAAUGUCUGGAGGGCUUCCUCCAAAAACAAACAGGGAACCUUGUGGGGUGGUAGGUCCUAUGGAUAAUUUGGAUUCAGCUACAGCCUCUAGUUCAAAGGAUGCAAUCCAGAAUAUCAACUCGCAAGUGAUGCAGAACAAUGUUGCCAAUAGGUCAAUGAAUCAGACCUCUAGUCAGUGCCAAGCAACAAAUGAAUGUUUUGAACAGCCUGAUUUUGUGCAAAAUAAUGGUGAAGGCUCAGAAGUUGCUGAAAGUGGAGUGUUGAAGUCAGCUGGUGGAACUGACAUCAUACCUAGUAGAGCAACUGGUUGUGACUGAUUGAUAGGUCUGAUGCAUUGUCAUUGGAGAGGUGAAUCACCUUAUGCUUCAUAUCGACGUUGAACUGCAGGUUGUGACUGAUUGAUAGGUCUGAUGCGUUGUCAUUGGAGAGGUGAAUCACCUUUGCUUCAUAUGGACGUUGAACCUACUAUUGUACACGGUAAAUCUGUGGGAUGCUGGGCACAUAUGAAUAUGUGAAAAGGUUCCAUGGUUUAAUGAAGUCGAGCUCUUACAAUAAUUAUUGGAGUUCUAAUUUCAGGGAAGUAGAAUUACAAUUGCCCAGAUUUUGGUAUGUUGAGGAAACUCAAGAACGGUCUUACUUGCAUCUGUAUGUAUAUUUACUUACACAACCUGAGCAAAUAAUAAUGCAAUGUCUAGGAGCAAAGCCAACUCAAGAAAUAUGUAUUUGAAAGUUUGUUGUAGUAGAUCUCUCAUACAAAUUCUUUGAACUAAUGAAAAAAUACUUGAUUUUCCAGUA